AUGAUUGAAAAGAAAAUAACAGUAGCAUUCAAUAAUGAGAUACAGAUGAAAACGACAACCACAGUUGGUGAUGAUGACAACGAUGUCGAUUCUGUCUUAAAUGUUGCUGAACGUAUCGACGAUAUACGACGACUGAGUGCGUCAAGGCGUGAUGCACUACAGAAGAUGGCUUCUAAGGAGUCACGGAAGCCGCCAGUUCAAGUAGUUAGUCCAGAAAAAUUGCAACGUAACGUUUCGACAAUAUCCGUCACUUCGGUAGCCAAACUGUCGCCAACAAAGAUAUUUAGCAUGAUAAAUGCUUAA